UCUUCUGUCAGGGGAUAGGAUAACAAAGGUGCUGCUUUAGAUUUUUGUGAUAUUGUUGAUAUUGUUUGAUUUUUUUUGUGUGUGUUAGAUUAUAGGUGGCGUGUCACUGUCAUUUUUUUUUUUUUAAAUGGCGAUUUUUAUAUGGUUUGCCAUUUAAACUAUAAAUGUUAAUAUUGUUUACAUAUUGCUUUGAAUGCUGGGAGAUCACGUGCACUUCUCCUCGGUUGUGUGCGCAUGAAGCAAAGGUCUUAUUGGCUAGUUGAGAUGAACUCUGAACCGGAAAAGAUUUUUCACCGGUGCUCAACGGCAAUGGUUGGAGUUCUGUUUAUCUAGGGACAUUGAACAAGCCCUUCUUCGAUUAAUGUAAAACGUUACUAUUAAACAUGCUUUUACCAUCUUGUCAGCUUUUAAAAUAACUACCAUGGGAGGUGCACUGGAGCCGGUGGAAUGUAUAUGCAUUUUAUUCUUUUCUCUUUUUGUUAUUUCAUUUACAGCAAGCCCAGAUGAGGUCCCUGAGUUCAAGAUGUCAGAGGAUACUUACCUGGAUGCAAAGCAGACUCCAGAGUAUGUGGUAGAGGAGACACAGGCUGCUUCGAAAAGGCAGUUCAAGACAGCUGAAAUAGCAGAUGCGGUGAUGGGAACUGAGCUUCCCGCCAAUUCAGCUGGACUCGAAUCACUCAUCCCGAGCCCUGGAGAUCCCAUGGCAGGAUUCACGGGUCAUUGUGGUGAGGAGACGUGCGUUCGUGAGACUCCUGAGGACACAAGCGAGUUGGACAUCAGAGAGAAUGAGGAGCCCCUCAUUUUAGAAAUGAUCCACACUGAUACUUCAGCCGCAGAAGACCAGAACUCCACAGAAACAGCUAAAACAUAUAAAGUAAACUGCGACAAAAGAAACAUCACCGGAAUGGUCAAUUUCACAAUUCAGGUCCUCAACGCGUCACAGGACUUGAUGGAUUUUCUUAACGUCAAUGGCACAGAAUGCUCCCUGGUUCUGUUUUACACUACUUGGUGCCAGUUUUCUGCCAGCCUUGCCCCACACUUCAAUGCGUUACCCCGUGUCUUUCCCACAAUGCACUUCUUGGCUUUGGAUGCCUCUCAGCAUGGCAGCCUUUCCACGCGAUUUGGUACAGUUGCAGUUCCCAACAUACUACUGUUUCAAGGAGUGAAACCAAUGGCCAGGUUUAACCACACAGACAGAAUCCUAGAAACGCUGACAUCAUUCAUAGUCAAUCAAACAGGGUUUGAAGCAGCUUCAGAUCAGACUGUGACAGAGGAGGAUAACUUCGGUCCCCUUCCAAGUGUGCCUGUGAAGAGUAUAGAUUGGCUCCUCGUGUUCUCUGUCCUGUUCAUAAUUGGAUUCACCGUGUACGCCAUCUUGCGGACAGACAGUGUCCGCUGGCUCAUACCAGGACAAGAUCAUGACCAUCAGGACUAAGCACUGGCUGUUAUGCUGCUGUUUUAAUUUUCUUCUCUUCUCACCACAUUUAAUACUGUUGUGCGGAUGGACGUAUUUAUUGUGUUUGGAGGUUUAGGGUUGCGCUUAUCACCACAUUUCGGUCUGAUCAGAGUUCUCAUUUCUACACAUUUCUCAUGCUUUUAACUUUUGCAAUCAUACUAUUUCCCUAAAUUAAAAACUGAACCAAC